AGUAAAAGUAGCAUCAGAAGAAGAAUUAAAAAGACGAAGGAGAGGGAGGAGAAGAUAGCCGCUUUUGCGUUUACACGUGCAAUCAUUCCUAUGUGAAUCUCCUUUAUAAGCUAGUCCUAUAAACUAACCCUGCUCUGUCAGAAAAGGUGCAAAGCCAUAGGAAACUACAACCAUGGGGGCAUAUCUGUCGCAGCCUAACACGACCAAGACCUCUUCCGAUGGCGGCAACAGCAGCAUGAGCUACGGGUUCUCUGCCAUGCAAGGCUGGCGGGUGUCCAUGGAGGAUGCUCACAACUGUAUCCCAGAGUUUGAUGAUGAGACGGCGAUGUUUUCUGUGUAUGAUGGACAUGGAGGUGAAGAAGUUGCUCUGUACUGUUCAAAGUACCUUCCUGACAUCAUCAAAGAGCAGAAAGCCUACAAAGAUGGCAAACUUCAAAAGGCACUGGAGGAUGCCUUCUUGGCCAUCGACGGCAGAAUAACUACGGAAGAGGUCAUUAAAGAGCUGGUGCAGAUUGCUGGACGGCCAACCGAGGAGCCACCUGCUGAAAAGGUGGCAGAGGAGGACGACUUGGACACAGAGGAGGCAGCUUUGCUCCAUGAGGAAGCCACCAUGACCAUAGAGGAGCUGCUGGUUCGUUAUGGCCAGAACCGCAGUGCAGUUAAACAUGCUGCAGCCAUCAGCGCGGCAGCUAAGAAGGCAUCCUGCCUAAAUGCAGAGGCCUCGGGAGACAAAGGAGAAGCUGGUGAGGGGCAGAAGAAAGAAGAGGUAAAUGGAGAGGUGGAGGAGGAGAGCAAUGGGAAGGCAAAGGAAGGCGAAGGAGUUACAUGUGGGUCUAAGCUGCGAGCCUGUCGGCGAACGGGAGCAGGUGACGGGCGUGGUGCAGCUGACGGAGAGUCGGGAAGCUCCAACGGAGAGGAAAAAGCUGGUAAGGCAGAAGGAGACGCAGGCCCUUCCUGCUCGUCUGCAUCUUCAAAGGCUGCAGGAGAUUCCAAGUCCAGGUUUUUUGAUGACAGUGAAGAAUCGGAAGAAGGCGAAGAAGAGGAGGAGGGCAGUGAUGAAGAGGAUGGCAGUGAAGAAGAAGAAGAAGGUGACACCAGUGAGUUGGAGGAAGAGGAUACAGAGGAAGGGGAGGAGGACUCUGAAGAUGAAGAGGAAAUGUGUUUACCAGGAAUGGAUGGCAAAGAAGAGCCUGGCUCAGACAGCGGUACCACUGCUGUCGUUGCUCUGAUCCGAGGAAAGCAGCUAAUAGUGGCCAACGCUGGAGAUUCCCGCUGUGUGGUGUCUGAACACGGCAAAGCUGUUGACAUGUCAUACGACCACAAGCCAGAAGACGAGGUGGAACUGGCUCGCAUCAAAAAUGCUGGAGGGAAAGUGACCAUGGAUGGACGAGUCAAUGGUGGCCUGAACCUCUCCCGAGCCAUUGGUGACCACUUUUAUAAAAGGAACAAGGCCCUGCCGCCUGAGGAACAGAUGAUUUCUGCCAUGCCUGAUGUCAAGGUUCUCACACUGAAUGAGGAGCAUGACUUCAUGGUCAUUGCCUGUGAUGGCAUCUGGAAUGUGUUGAGCAGUCAGGAGGUGGUGGACUUCAUCAGUGAGAGGAUCAAACCAGACCAGAAUGGCAAAGCCAGACCCCUUUCAUCCAUAGUGGAAGAGCUUUUGGACCACUGUUUGGCACCCGACACAUCUGGAGACGGGACGGGGUGUGACAACAUGACCUGCAUCAUCGUUGCCUUCCGACCACACCCCUCUCAGUCGGACGAUACAAAGAAGAGGAAGCACCAAGAAGAGGCAGAAGGGACUGUCCCAGAAGAGAAUGGAAAUGACAGCAAAAAGGCUAAAAGUGACUAAAUGAGAUGAGAAACUAUCCCAGAGGCAGAAGCUGGUUCCAUUCUACCCCAGAUACACCAGAGACGUACUCUGUUCAAAAUGAAAUCCUUACCUCACAAACAUAAUUUUACCCUGAAGCAGACAUUUACAAAGGCUAUAAUGUAUGCUCAAACAUCAUCUGUUUGGUUUUUGUGCUCUGUUCUAGGUGGAUUUUCACUUUAACUCACCCUUGCAGAUGUUUCUUUUGAUCGGUCCGGUUGGAAAGGAGUUGGACUCACUUUUAGUUCUUUCAUUCAAAAGAGGCACCCUCACUGCCAUGCUGAAUAACACUGCAGGUCCACUGAGGGAUUAUUUUAGAGAUGCUUCAUCUUGCCUGCAGCCAUAUUCUGCACUCUGUUAUUAUAUCACUUUACUCUUGGCAGCUUUGGUUUGUUUUGAAGAAAGCUUGAAAAUAGUUCAUGGAGUCACCUGCAUCUGAUUUCUGUUCACACUUUAACAGUGAUGGGAGCAAUGCCACCGUGGCUUAGCAGUAUAAAACAUACACAUUACAGCCACAAAUUGCACAAUGCCAACACACACGUUGCAUAGAUGUACCAUUAAAAGAAUUUGAGGAAUAACCUGGUACUGUAUAAAGGUAGCUGAAGCUUCAUAGUGCAGUGACAAUGAGCCGUGUAGUGUCGCUUCAGUUGUGUUUGUGCCGGAUUUCGGGCUCCUCUACUGAGUUUGUUGUGAGUUUUGACUUUAUCCAUCGCAAGAGAGGAACUGAUGCAUUUGGGGUACCAGUCCAGUUCUUGCCAUUUAUACAUGUAUUUUUCCAACUAACACCCAUUCAUUCAAGAAACCUUUUUUCAGUUUUGCUGGGCACAUGAAAUGACAUCCUGGUUAUCCAGCCUGUUUUUGUUACCGGUUGUGUUUUGUCUUGAUCCAAAUCUGUAAAUUUCCAUAAGGGGAGAAAUGCCAGAAUCUGGGGAACUAAUAUACUUUCCAUCUGUGACAUAUGAUAGCAGGGAAAUGGAGACAAAGUUUAAUGUCCACCCAGAGAGAAGCUUGUCUCCAGGACCUUCCUCCAAACUGUCAGUCUCUGUCCACUGUAAUACCUUUUUUAAGAGUUAUCUUUAGGACAUAUGUUUUAAGUAAGAAGUGUUUCCAUUCAGCUUUUUCCUUUUUUGUUUUUUUUUUCCAUUUUUGAUAAAUUAGUCUUUUGGCAGUUCUUUUUGGGAGCACGUUCUGAAACUGCCUUUGACGCUGGACUGUGGAGAGGUUGCACAAGGUUAUUCUUCUGAGUGGAAUACAAUUUGAAGCUGAGAGCACCAAGACAGUGUAACUGUUAAGAUUGUUUCUUUUAUUUGCAGAAGCCUCAUUUAAAUCAUUGUGACUGUAAGUUUCUAGUGUACCUUCUUGUCAACAUGCCCCUUUUUUCUGUACAUAGUUUUUUCAAUACUUGUAAUUGAAAAAGAAAAAAGCUUUUUCUUUGUAAUUGUGAAUCGAUGUGACAUUUUGGUGCAUACUCUUUUGACAGCAGUAUGUAAGUACAUACAAAUACAUUUUUUAAAUAAUCA